GCAAAAAGCCUGUGAUAUAGGAUGAGCUAAUAGAGCCAUGCAAGUGGAGAAUUGCAUCUCGCUGACGAGUGAAAUCUCAAAGAAAUUUAUGAAUGUGGGCAGUGGCUUUGCGAGCUCCAAUGGAUCAGAGGAGCUAUCGUUGCAGGACCAUCCUAUUAUAUCUGCGAGUGACAACCUGGAGAGAAGUUCACCUCUGAAAAAAAACUCCAGGGAGAUGACGAAUCAGUCAGAGGCAGACAAUUUCCCCGACUCCAAGGACGCGUCGGGGGACGUCCAGAGGGGCAAACUCUCUCCUGAUCUCCACGGAGUCUCUGACAUCCGUCAUAAUUUCGAUGGAUCUGCAGGAGAAAGGUGCAUCUUUUCUCCGUCCGCCCAGCCGCCGUCAGUCUCCGCAGCUCCCACUGCCAUGUUUCCAUAUCCGAGUCAGCAUGGACCGGCGCACCCGGCUUUCUCCAUCGGGAGUCCGAGCCGCUACAUGGCCCAUCAUCCGGUCAUAACUAACGGAGCGUACAACAGCCUUUUAACCAACACCUCUCCGCAAGGCUACCCAACGGCAGGUUACUCUUACGCGCAGCAGUAUGGACACACGUAUCAAGGGGGAGCUUUUUACCAGUUCUCCUCUGCGCAGGCGGGACUGGUACCGGGGAAGGCGCAGGUGUACUUGUGCAACAGGGCCCUGUGGCUGAAGUUUCACAGGCACCAAACGGAGAUGAUCAUCACUAAACAGGGACGGCGAAUGUUUCCAUUUUUAAGCUUCAACAUUUCUGGUCUAGACCCAACCGCUCACUACAAUAUAUUUGUGGAUGUAAUACUCGCCGAUCCGAAUCACUGGCGAUUCCAAGGAGGAAAGUGGGUGCCGUGUGGGAAAGCGGACACAAAUGUCAUAGGGAAUAGAGUUUACAUGCACCCGGACUCACCAAACACCGGUGCGCACUGGAUGCGUCAGGAAAUAUCCUUUGGAAAACUCAAACUCACCAACAACAAAGGUGCCUCCAACAACACAGGCCAGAUGGUGGUCCUCCAGUCCCUCCAUAAGUACCAGCCCAGGCUCCAUGUGGUGGAAGUGAACGAAGAUGGGACAGAGGACACCAGCCAACCGGGCAGAGUUCAGACUUUCACCUUCACGGAGACGCAGUUCAUCGCCGUCACCGCUUACCAAAAUACAGACGUAAGGCUUCUUGUUUGAGGCGAGAUUCAAAUUUAACUGUGGCGCAUCUUAUUUGGUUGCUGUCUUUCUUUCAAAAGGAAAAAAGAGAACAACUUUAAACGAAAAAUAAUAAGAAAA